AUGGACUGGAGCUUCGUCCAAGCCGACUUACCUGGCGCACUUGCUAGGGCUAGCCUCCAUGGAGGCUUAGGCUCAGGCACCUCAGGCACCUCGAGACCCGCCCAACGAUCCGCUCGACGACAAGAGCCUCAGAGAACUCUGCCUCUGAAUCGGCUCGCAGCAGGUGCUGCUUUCCUCGUUUGCCGAAGAUGCAAAGGUCCUCGGUUUGAGCGGGCGUCGAGGCUUUGCCGGCGCGCAGCUAUGGUGGCAAUGCACGAGGCCACCGUCCGCAGAGCGGGAGAGGAGAUUCUUUCGAAUGUGGACCUCGAGGUUCCGGUGGGUGCCCGUGCGGUGGUAGUGGGGCCCAACGGCUGUGGCAAGACCACGCUGCUGACCACCAUUGCUGCCCAAGACCCCGUGGAAGGUGGCUUUCUGGAUGUGCGAGCCUCCUCAGUUGGCUGGCUUCGCCAAGAGGCCAUCGGCGGAUCCAAGAAGACAGUGUAUCACGAAGCCGUCUCUCAAAUGCCAGCGAUGAUGGCGAAGAUGCAGAUGGAGGCAGCGCAGAAAGCGCUGAGUGAGGCUAAGGAGGCCGACGUGCUGGCGAAGCAGCAGGCCUACGAGGAGGCCACAAGCAAGUUUGAGGCGGCCGGAGGCAGAAGCAUGGAGAGGAAAAUUGAAGACGUUCUGACUGGCCUGGGAUUCUCCAGUGCUGACUUCGAGAAAUCUUGUUCGGAGCUCUCUGGCGGCUGGCAAAUGCGGGUCGCCUUGGCACGAGCGCUGUUGCGUGAGCCCGAGUUGCUUUUGCUCGACGAGCCCACGAACCACAUGGAUGCCUCCGCCAAAAACUGGCUGGCGACGUACCUGGCGGCAGGCCUGCCGGAGACCAGCACCCUGCUCCUGGUGACCCACGACCGGUCGUUGCUGGAAGAGAUGCACUGCUCCCAAGUCUACGAGAUUGCCCAGCGGCGCAUCCUGCGCUACGACGUCUCCGGCAUUGCCGAAUGGGAAAAGAGCCGUGAGCAGCGAGUGGCAAAACUACAGAAGGAAAUGCUGAAGAUUGAGCGCACUAUUGCGGCAGAUGAAGACUAUGUAAGGAGGUUUGGGGCCAAGUCCAGCCAUGCAGCACAGGCGCAGGCCCGCAAGAAGCGCAUUGCCAAAGCCGAGAAGGAGUUGGAGGAUCUUCGUGGCCAGACACGAGGCCUGCCAUCAGCUUCAGUCCUGAAUGGCAAGAAGGGCUCGGAGGAAGAUAGUGAUGACGAUGCCCAAGGCUUGCUGCCGCUCUCCGGCCCGGGGAAGGUGAAGUUCAACCUUCCAGACUGGCCACUGGGUGCCUCGCCGCCCCUGGACCGGAAGCUGCUCACCUUGAAGGAGACUGAGAUCAGGUAUGACGGUGGGGAGCCAGUCCUCAACAUCGAGGCCGGAGCAUGUACAGUUUUUGUGGAUGUUUUUUCUCGGCUCAGAGCUCGAAUCAUCUUCCGCCACGCCCUGGCUUCACAGAUAUGGCUUGGCCGGGGUAAAGGCCCCAUGUUGGAGUUCGAAGUGCAGUGCGACACAGUUCCCGGAGAGGUGGUGGCGAUUUGUGGGUCCGAGCCUCUGUCAUGGGACGCAAAGCAGGCCCUGAUGCUCGACCCGACGGACUAUCCGGCAUGGCGAGGUCGGGUCGCAGCACCUCAAUCAGAUGUGGAGUUCAAGUACCUCAUUGUAAAAAGGGGUGAGGGCGUCGCAGGAGAGUUGGUCCGCUGGGAGGGGGACUUUCCCAAUCGGAAAGCGCACAGAGAGAAAGAUGUGGCAAAGUUGGUUUUGCGGCACCGCUUCGGUGAUGUCACCUUUGAGUGCAAAGAGGUCGUCCAUGCGAGUGGCAUCCCUGAGAAAGUGCUUUCGAAGCCAGGAAGUGGUUACGCAGAGGUACCUGUGACACCAGAGGCACCGCCGGCUGUACCUGCUCUCCCCAUUUCCAAGCGUGGCGAAGAAGAGGCUCAAGAACCAGAGUCUGUUCUGGGCGGCAUUGCAGUUGAUCCCGCACUUCGGCUAGCUCGCUUGGUACGAUCAACAUCUGCCACAGCCUUCUCCAUGAAGUACGAUGUGAAGAGUACCGUGCUGGGCACCGGCAUGACUGGCGGGGUCGUCGUUGGAACGAACAAAGAAACCGGUGUUGAGGUUGCCAUCAAGAAACUCCCGUUGAAUUCGUCCAUGAAUCCAGAGCACAUCAAGUCAGAGAUUCAGCAUCAGCUUACCUUAGACCACCCCAACAUUUGCCGCCUUUUGGAAGUCUACGAAGAGCCGGACCGGCUGCUGAUGGUCAUGGAGAAGCUUGAUGGACCCGACUUGUUCGAUUCUUUAUCCAAGAAAAGCCGCUACACAGAAAAGGAUGCAAGGGAGGUGGUCAAGCAGAUACUUAGCGCCGUUGCUUACUGCCACCGCAAUGGUGUGUGCCACCGUGACUUGAAGUUGGAGAACUUCUGCAUGGAGGACAAGUCGGAGCAUGCCAGGAUCAAGAUGAUCGACUUUGGCUUGAGCUCGUCCUUCGACGAUUCGCUUCCCAUGACCGACUCGUGUGGCACCCUCUACUAUGUGGCGCCCGAGGUUCUGCGUGGCAAGUACAACCAGCAAUGUGACAUGUGGUCCUUGGGGGUUUUGACUUACAUUCUUCUCGAUGGCCGCGCUCCCUUCAUGGGCCGCGAUGACCGGCGGACCUACAGGCUCAUUCUCGAGGGCCAAUACGUUUUCCCCGAGAAUCGCUGGGGCCGGAUCUCAGACGAUGCCAAGAAUUUCGUCUCCAAGCUCCUGAAGGUUGAUCCCGAGGUGCGCAUGACAGCCGAAGAGGCGCUGAUGCAUCCCUGGCUCACUAGCAAGGAACCUCAUACCGAGGCUGAGUCUGCUCCUCCUGCACUGGAUGCGGAUGUCCUCGAUGGCUUGAAGGCUUUGACAAGGGGAAAUGCUGCCAAGCGGGCAGUGCUGCGUGCGAUGGCACCAGUGGCAUCUGUGGAUGAGGUAAGCCGAUGGGCUGACCAGUUUGAAACCUUUGAUGCGCAAGGCACUGGACACGUCAAGGUCUCAGACCUUGUGAAGCGCUUGGUUUCCCGAGGGCUGGCCACGGCGGCCGAGGCUCAGGACAUCUCGGAUGGCCUUAAAACGGUGGCUGACAGUUCGCAAGAAAUCUCAUAUUCUGCUUUUCUCACUGCGUGCUUGUGUGCGCAUCAUUCCCGCCUGGAAGAGAAGCACUUAAAAGAGAUCUUCUCGAAGCUGGACAAAGACAAAGACAACCACGUCAGUGUCGAAGAGGUUGGGAAGGCUUUAGGUGGAGUUGUGAACAUCGAGGCAUUAGAGUCGGAGAUGAACGGACGGGCCUUAUCCUUCUCCGAUUUUCAGUGGCUGUUCCAACGCCCUCUGGCUCCUUCGUCCAUGGCCGGGCUUCGUCAGCUAUUGGGUACCUUCCAAAACCUGGGCUUGACAAAGAGCUGGCGCGUGGACACGGCAGCCGCCAAGGCCGCCAAGGACGGCGACGAUGCCCAGUUCGUAGCCGCCCGCCGCGAGAAUGCUGCUUGGCGGCAGUGGCAUCGCGAGCGUACACGUGCAGAAUCCCCGGAGGACCCUCCACCGCCGCACCGUCCAUCUGAGGAGGAUGGCAAAGACCGGCUAUCACCCAAAAAGCUGCUCCUUGAAACUGCGCCUUUGCCUGCCCCGAAUAGCAGCAGACCACCAAGCAGGGCACCAAGCAGUCAUGGCAACCUCACUCCUCGGGAAAUUCCAACUGCAGACCUCGUGGAGCCCAGCAGUCUCGCGAAAGAUGCGCGAGACAGAAACGACAACGGAGAGUUGAAAAAAGAGUGGGCUGUGGCCACUGCGGAGGCUAAGGACGGAGACAUGGACGCAGCAAGGAGAGAAAACCGCGCGUGGCGGCUGAUGAACAUGGAAAGAUCGAGUGCAGGGCAAAGCCCUCGUGCUGGCUCAUAG